GACCGCUAGAUGAACGCAUAAGAAAAGCAAGCUAAAAUCGGCGCCAUUCGUCUCUCACUCUGCUCAGACAUUGUUUUUGGCAACAACAAACCACUUUGUGUUGUGAGUAAAACAUAACAUUUUCAACGAAUAUUGAAUCUGCUGCGAAAAAUUGUGAAAAAAUGCGAAAAGAUCAUUUGCAUCGUCGGUCAAAGGACGCCGAGGGCACAAACGAUGGAGAGCUCGAAAAUGGCGAUCCGUUAUCUGGUUCAGCCGAUCCAUUUGAUGCACUUAUAAAUUCAAAAUCCGAUGAAUCAUCGUCUAAUCGCACAAAUGGUAAAAGAGCACCAUCACCAAUUGCUGAUUCCGACGCAGAAAAUGAAAAUGAAACAAAGAAUGAAGACGAAAAAUCUGAAGUUAACGGAGAUAGUGCUGCCGAAAGCAGCGCCGACAAUGGUGGCAACGGAGAGGAAGGCUAUGAGGUAGAGGAUAUCGUGGACCAUAAAUUCAAGGGAAAGAAGAAGUAUUUCAAAAUACGGUGGAAGGGGUAUGAUGAAACAGCCGAUUCUUGGGAACUAGAAAAAGAUUUGUCGUGUCCUGAAAUCAUUGAACGCUAUGUGGCUGAGCAUCCGGAAGCAAAUGAAGUGAAGGAGAAGAAGGAGAAGAAGGAGAAGAAGGAGAAGAAGGUCGGUAAAUUCCAAGUAUUCUUUGUUAGACCUUGUAGAUGGCAUGAUUUCAAUCAUAAUGAAAAUGGAAUUUCAUUGAAGGUUCGCAUAUCACUUCCGCCACAAACACCGACUCGCGCGGCACCAAAACGAACAGCUGCGGAACGCAAAGCCGUUGUUGAUGAUCCACUGACAGACGAUGAAGAUUCUGAUACCAAGAAAUCACCAUCAAAACGUGGCCGACCGAAGAAGAGCCCAACAAAAGGUUCAAAAUCAUCAAAACAAGAAGAAUACGAAGUGCAGAAGAUUGUUGGUGAUGAAAUUCGCAACGGUAAAAAAUACUACAGGAUUCGUUGGAAGGGCUGGACCGCCAAAGAUGAUACCUGGGAGCCGAAGGCCUCCUUAAGUUGUCCAGAAAUCAUCAAAGCCUACGAGAGUAGCAAAGACGAUGAAAAGGAAUAUGAGGUUGAGAAGAUCGUUGGUGAAAAGUUGGAGAACGGGGCCAGAUACUUUUUGGUCAAAUGGAAGGGUUGGGCUGAGAGCGAUAAUUCUUGGGAAUCUGAAAAAUCAGUCGACUGCUACGAGCUCAUAGAGAAGUUCCGUGAUUCGUGUCGCUCGGCCAGUAAAUCAACACCAUCAAAGAACAAACGAACCGCCAAUGCUGCACCGAAAGCAUCAAAAGCUAAAAAAGCACGCAAAAGUUUAAGCGAUGAUGAAAGCGACAAAGAAGAUGGCGAGAAGGAAUGGGAAGUUGAAAAGGUUGUCAACGUACGCAAAGGCAAAGGGGGAAAGAAAGAAUUUUUGAUUAGAUGGAAGGGAUGCAAGGCUUCAGAAGAUACAUGGGAACCGGAAGAUGGUAUAAGUUGUCCGGAUUUAAUAGCCGCAUUUUUGAAGAAAAACAAAAAAUAAUUCCAUACAAUCUAAAUAAACGAGGCAAUGAAUUCCAUACACACCAAUUUGAUUGUCGUACUGCAAAGCGAUUUCUAUUUUAACAAACCAAUUAUUUUCAUACACUCGUUUAUCAAAAGGCUCAAAAUUUUGCAUCCCGACUGUAUUUAAAUAAACGGCAAGAGUGGUUUUUCGCUUGGCCGUAUGACAAUCAGAAACUACAUAAGUAAGUGCAUAAAAAAACUACUUGCUUAUGUUUUUGUAGAUCCAUUGCCUCAGACAAAAAAAAUCAGAACUACUUCACUAUAUUAUACAGCAAAGACGUAUUCACGUUGAACAGACAACUCACACGUUAUAAUAAUCCAACUAAGAAACUUUUACUCAAUCUAAUGUUUAAAUCUACGCCGUAGGUUGUCCACUAGAAAGGUGUAGUUUUAUAAUGUAGAUCAGAAAACGAAUUUCAAACAUUCAUUAUUCAUUAUUGAUCAUCGCUUUGAUAUCAUAUAAAUCUUCCGACUUUUGUAAGUUUGAACAUUUUGAAUAAAGUCUUGUCGCUGUUGUUUAGCUACUGAG